UUCAGUGCUGUGUGGAAUCCUGUAGGGGCGUGUCGCGAUGAUCGGGUCAGACGAUCAUCUUGUGUGCCUGUACAGAGAGACGUAUUUUGCUUGGUAAAUACGACGCAAAACUAACUGACAGUGACAGACUGAAGUAUAGAUAAGCUUCGGUUGCUUGAUUGACUGAAGCCACAACGACCAAUGGUACGGACAAACAGCGCGUAAACAGUGCCGACUCGUGCCUCGAAAAAGCUGAAAACGCACUAUGCGACGAGAUCGACGAAUAAUGAUUUCAAAAAAUGUCUGAUGCAUUUUUGAAUAUCACAAUGUUUAGUGUACAUCUUCCAAGAAGUACUGCUGGUAUUUUGAAGGAGGUUACCCCAUCUAUUUCAUAUGCAGGUCUUAUGAAGACUGUUGUGGGACCCGGUGCUGUGUGAGAGCCCUCUCCAUCCAGAGACUAUGGUACUUCUGGAUUCAAUGAGUCUAGACUGUCAAGGAUGAACCUGACGUACAGUAAAUUGAGCCUAUGCUGUAAUUCAAAGACUGUCAUUGAUGUCAGGAAAGACUCAAUGCAUGAAUGUCUCUCUUCCCCUAAAAGGCUGCUGCUGAUGAUGGGUGUGUUGUUCUGCUGUGGGACGGGGUUCUUCAUCCGCAGGCGCAUGUACCCCUCCCCACUUCCCGAAGACACCUUUAAUGUGUCAUUCACGAGACACCCAAUGACAGCUCCAGGACUACAGCAGCCUGCUAUGCAGAACUACGGAGACCCUGGCGGGACAAACCUCUCCUCUUCAUACCCUAUACAGGCCCCUCCCCACCCCUCCCACAUGGCAGCACCAUACCACCACCCGCCCCCUCCUGCCUACUGCAACCUCCCUCCUCCGCCCUAUGAACAGGUACUGCAGACCACAGACAAAAGGGAGACCGGAGGAAAGACAUUGUAACGAAAACAAGGAGUUCAAGCCAAUCAAAGUCCAACCCUGACAUACCUCCCAGCAGAGAGUGUUCUUUUGCAUAUCAUACGUUUUGAUCAGGUCGUGCAGAAAGUGGGUCUGAUAUCAUAAUACCCAUAGAUAUGGAAUGGCCUUUAUAUAGUAAAAACAGCCAUACUCAUUAAGGGACAGUUUCCUGUAGACUUGGGUGAACCCUGAUCCUGGACAAAAGCAUGCAUUGAAGCUUUCCCGGGAUCAGGGAAAAGGUCCCGAGAGCCAUUUAUAAACCACAGCAAAUCUUUUGUUUGCACGUCACCACUCUAAAAUGAAGAGCGGACCUGGAGGUAAGGCCCAACGGAAUAAAACCCAUUCAUCCAGAGGGAGUCUGGUCAACACCUAGUCUACCUGCAUGCAUGGUUCCCUGUCAACAAGACUGUGACAGCUGGAAGAGCAAUGUCUAUUGUGUCUAUCUAAGCACAACUCACUCAGAUCACCCACUCAGGAUACUGUAUUAUGGCCCACUGUCUGAUGUGUUUUUAAUGUCACUGCCGUUGAAGCAUGAAGUAAUAUCUCUAGUUCAGGCACAACUUUAGAUCCAAUCAAUAGCCUAUAUUACCAUGGACAAACCAGCAGUUUUGUUUCCUUUCCUCUCAAAAUACAUUUUGUUUAUUUCUUCAAUAUUUUAUUAAGGUAUUGUAGCCAAUAAUCUAUGCAAUUUGCUAAUGAAUUCAGGUGUAGAUUGUGGUAAUUGUUUUUCAUAAUUAUUUCACGGUAUCCUGAAUUAAUAUAGUAGACCGAUAAAAUGUAUCACCAGCUUGCCUAAUAAAGUUUGGCU